AUGGGUGUGCUGGCCAGUGCUGGUUUGUUGCUAUUGCUGGUCAUCGGCCACCCCAGAAGCCUAGGACUGAAGUGUGGAAUUCGCAUGGUCAACAUGAAAAGUAAGGAAACUGCCGUGGGAUCUAGAUUCUUCUCUAGAAUUAGUAGUUGGAGAAAUUCAACAGUGGCUGGACAUCCAUGGCAGGUCUCCCUAAAAUCACAUGAGCACCACUUCUGCGGAGGAAGCUUGAUUCAAGGAGAUCGUGUUGUUACAGCAGCACACUGCCUGGACAGCCUCAGUGAGAAGCAACUGAAGAACAUAAUUGUGAUUUCUAGGGAGUACAGCCUCUCUCAGAAGGAUGAGCAAGAACAGAAUAUUCCUGUCUCAAAAAUUAUUACCCAUCCUGAAUACAACAGCCAUGAAUAUAUGAGUCCUGAUAUUGCACUGCUGUAUCUAAAACACAAAGUCAAGUUUGGAACUGCUGUUCAGCCAAUCUGUCUUCCUGACAGUGAUGAUAAAGUUGAACCAGGAAUUAUUUGUUUGUCCAGUGGAUGGGGCAAGAUUUCCAAGACAUCAGAAUAUUCAAAUGUCCUACAAGAAAUGGAACUUUCCAUCAUGGAUGACAGAGCGUGUAAUAUUGUGCUCAAGAGCAUGAACCUCCCUCCCCUGGGAAGGACCAUGCUGUGCGCCGGCUUCCCUGAUGGGGGAGUGAACACCUGCCAGAGGGACUCUGGAGGACCACUGGUUUGUAGAAGAGGUGGUGGAAUCUGGAUUCUUGCUGGGAUAACUUCCUGGGUAGUCGGUUGUGCUAGAGGUUCAGCUCCUCUAAGAAACAACCAUAUGAAGGCAUCACUUGUCAUUUUCUCCAAAGUGUCUGAGUUGAUGGAUUUUAUUACUCAGAACCUGUUCACAGGUUUGGAUCAGGGCCAACCCAUCUCAAAAGUGGGUCUGAGGUAUAUAACAAAGGCCCUGAGUUCUGUCCAAGAAGUGAACAGAAGCCAGAGAGGAGAGGGUAUUUUAGACAUGAAAAAGCAAGUUGGAUGUGAUCAUGACUAUGUAUCUUUACAAUCAAGCAGUGGAGUACUUAUUAGUAAGUAUACCAGAGAUCUCGUGGAAGAUGAUGGAAAACAAAACAAACAUGGAUACGUUUCCACCACUCUUUAGUCAUGUUAUUUCACUUUCCUUUACUUCUUUUAAGGUAAAGUCUGUGGAAAAAUAUUGCCCUCACCAUUGCUGACAGAGACCGGUGAGACCAUGGUUUCAUUUGUUUCUGAUACAGAAGACAGUGGCAGUGGCCUUGAGCUUACCUUUACUCCCAUACAGAACUCAGAAGCAGGGUCAGGUUGUGGAAGUAUGGCUAUAUUGGUAGAAGGGACAAAUCACUCUGCCAAGUAUCCUGAUUUGUAUCCCAGUAACGUAAGGUGUCAUUGGUACAUUCGUGCUCCAGAGAAACACAUUAUAAAGUUGACAUUUGAGGACUUUACUGUCAAACUUAGUCCAAACUAUAUUUACGAUGCUGUUGUGAAUUAUGGUGAUUCUGAAGAAAAGCACAAGUUCGCUAAACUUUGUGGAAUGUUGACCAUCACUUCAGUAUUCAGUGCUAGUAAUAUGAUGGUGAUUUACUUUAAAAGUGAUGGUAAAAAUCGUUUGCAAGGCUUCAAGGAUAGGUUUACCAUUUUGCCCUCAGAGUCUUUAAACAAAAUUGAACCAAUGUUACCUCCCCAAAACAAUCCUGUAUCUACUGUAAAAGCUGCUCUGCAUGAUGUCUGUGGCAUCCCUCCAUUUAGUCCCCAGUGGCUUUCCAGAAGAAUCGCAGGAGGGGAAGAAGCCUGCCCCCAGUGUUGGCCAUGGCAGGUGGGUCUGAGGUUUCUAGGUGAUUACCAAUGUGGAGGUGCCAUCAUCAACCCAAUGUGGAUUCUGACCGCAGCCCACUGUGUGCAAUCGAAGAAUAAUCCACUCUCCUGGACCAUUAUUGCUGGGGACCAUGACAGAAACCUGAAGGAAUCAACAGAGCAGGUGAGAAGGGCCAAACACAUAAUGGCGCAUGAAGACUUUAACACACUAAGUUAUGACUCUGACAUUGCCCUAAUACAACUAAGCUCUCCUCUGGAGUACAGCUCGGCAGUGAGGCCAGUAUGUCUCCCACACAGCACAGAGCCUCCGUUUUCCUCAGAGAUCUGUGCUGUGACCGGAUGGGGAAGCAUCAGUGGAGAUGGUGGCUUAGCAAGUCGCCUACAGCAGAUUCAAGUGCAUGUGUUAGAAAGAGAGGUAUGUGAACACACUUACUAUUCGGCCCAUCCAGGAGGGAUCACAGAGAAGAUGAUCUGUGCUGGCUUUGCAGCAUCUGGAGAGAAAGAUUUCUGUCAGGGAGACUCUGGUGGACCACUAGUAUGUAGACAUGAAAAUGGUCCCUUUGUCCUCUAUGGCAUUGUCAGCUGGGGAGCUGGCUGUGUCCAGCCAUGGAAGCCGGGUAUAUUUGCCAGAGUGAUGGUCUUCUUGGACUGGAUCCAAUCAAAAAUCAAUGGUCCUGCUUCACUUCAGACAAAUAAUAAAUGCAAAACCUUAAAACAACAAUUACUACCACCCAUACCUUCGCCAGGCAGUGCAUCUUGGACAGGCUGUUGCUCUGAAGCAGAGCUAGAAAAGCCCAGAGGCUUUUUUCCCACUCCACGAUAUCCACUGGAUUAUAGAGGAAGACUGGAAUGUUCUUGGGUGCUCAGAGUUUCACCAAGCAGUAUGGCAAAAUUUACUGUUGAGUAUCUGUCACUCCUGGGGUCUCCUGUGUGUCAAGACUCAGUUCUAAUUAUUUAUGAAGAAAGACACAGUAAGAGAAAGAUGGCAGGUGGAUUACAUGGGAGAAGACUUUACUCAAUGACUUUCAUGAGCCCUGAACCGCUGGUGAGGGUGACAUUCCAGUCCUUUGUACAAGGUGCAUUUGGCAUAAGCUAUAUAGUCUUGAAAGUCCUAGGUCCAAAGGACAGUAAAAUAACCAGACUUUCCCAAAGUUCAAACAGAGAGCACUUGGUCCCUUGUGAGGAUAUUCUUCUGACCAAGCCAGAAGGGAUCAUGCAGAUCCCAAGAAAUUCUCACAGAACUACUAUGAGUUGCCAAUGGAGGUUAGUAGCCCCUUUAAAUCACAUCAUUCAGCUUAAUAUUAUCAACUUCCCGAUGAAGCCAACAACUUUGGUCUGUCAUGGUCAUCUGCAUGUUUACGAAGGAUUUGGACCAGGAAAAAAAUUAAUAGCUUCAUGGGCUGGAACUCUGGCAAUGACACUGACAAAAGAAAAAAGAGAAAAACGGAAUUUUCUUAACACAUAUAUCAUGCCUAUAUGGGAAAAUUCAGUGUAUGAUAAUGUAAGAAGUGUUGGAAAAAGAAAAAAGAAUAAAUUUGCAUCAAAUUUAAGUUAUAGUAUGGAGGCUGGGAAGUCCAGGAUCCAGGUGCCAGCAGAUUUGGUGCCUGCUGAGGGCUCACUUUCUGGUUCUUAG